CGAAACGUCAACCAGCGUCAAGUGACACAUAACCCAACUUUUGAUUUGGUAAAGAAAACAUGGAGAGAGAUCUGGCACAGCUAAAUGUAGCCCUAAAUUCUGUAAAAGUUUUGAGAUCAAAUGUUAGGAGUGUUUUUGAAUCUGUUGGGAACGGAUUGCGAGCGGAUCACGGUGAUGACGGAAAGGAAAACAAGUACAUUAUCGAACUACAGGAGCUUCUUACAACCGUAAACAACAAUCUGAGAGAUGUUGAGAAUGCUGUGGCAAGUCUUACGCCUCCGCCUGGGGCAUUUAGUUUAGGUAAUACAACAUAUUUGGCUCAGGAAACAACCCAAGAAAGGCAGGCUCUAUAUGGUCAACUUGUAAAUAGUUAUAAAUGGACUGAUAAGAUUCGAGAGUAUAGUGCUCUAGCUGGAAAUAUCUUACAAACAAAUUCAUUCAAUAAGACAUAUAAAACAUUAAGUACAACUAAAAGAAGGAAAACUCAGACCAGCAAUCAUAAUGUUUCUCCAGAGGUCAUAGAGAACUUAAUAACAGGAAUUGAUAGACUCUUCCCUGAUGUAACAAUAACAACUAACAGGCCAUUUGUUCCGAACCCUGUUGUACAGGCAUCUCUAGGUAGGGUGUUGAAAUCAAUAAUUGGUUUUAAGGGGUUGAUGAUUGAAUGGGUAGUUGUAAAGGCACAUGCAGAAGCCAGUGACCAGUGGAGUGACUCAAGGUACAAAGUUUUUCAGAAGGUAACAGAGAACUGUCAUGCUGCAAUGUGCCAUUUCCAUUCUCCAAUGAUGCCUGAUCUGGCUGUGAGGUCAUUUAUGCAUUGGUUUCAUAGCUAUAAUACGCUAUUCAGCGCUCCUUGCAAAAGAUGUGGCAACCAUAUUCACAACAACUUACCAGCCACAUGGAGAGAUUUACGGACUUUGGAGCCUUAUCAUGAAGAAUGUAAAUAAUAUUAUGAUUAUUAUUCAGCGUAUGAAUUGGAUUGUGCUUCAGUCAAUUUAAAACAUGUCUAGUAUUUGUACCACAGAUUUGUACUCAUAUGGUGAAUAAAUGUGUAGAACUGAAAUUUUGAAAUGAAAAGGUGUAAUGGAUGAUUUGAGGAACAUCCAUUCCAGUUCCUUGGGACGCGGGGAGAAUGUGUAAGUAUGUCUCAAAUAGUUAAUAUUUGCUCUAUUAGAU